AUGGAACAAAUUACAACUAUAACCCAAAUCCCCUCUAACCUUACACGCCUCGACCUCCCUUCUUCCCCCAGAAUCACACAGACGAUCACCCCAACAGAUGGCCUUGUCAUCCUCACACGCGUGAUUUCCGCCCCUCCUCCGCAGAAUCUCAUCGAGCAUCCCACCGAUCUCCUUGGGCCCAUCACCGAGUCGGAUAUCCUCCCGUCAUUCUCGGCCGGCACGCCGCCUUCCGUCGCUUCCACAGCGAGAUACCCUCCGCACUCUCCACGGGGGAUACAAUCUCCCUGGCCACGCACUGUAGCUGGUCUUGCUAGGCGCUGUUCUCGCGGAGGACGGAAUGCCUUUGACGAGGCACGAUUCGGCCCGGAUCGCGACUGGAGGCGCCCGUGGCACUGCUCGUCUGCGUCGCGGGCACAACAAUGA